AUGGCUCCCUGGGUCCCACGAUUGCAUCUCUUCGAGAUUGACGACCAGCCAUGGUUCCCUCCCUGGUUCCGCGGCAAGGUCCAAGCCGCGCUCACCCAGACCUGGAACUCCAAGAUCCCCUAUAUCCAGCCCGUCUCACCAGCUCGUAUAGUAUCCCGGCUCCUGGAAGCCCACCUCGGCGACAAGCUCUCAGACCAUGUGUUCAUUGACUUCUGCGCCGGCGGCGGCGGGCCCACCCCGAGCAUCGAGAGGCACAUCAACAAGGACAUCAAGCAGCAGCAGCAGCGAUCAGCAGGAGACCCCACCAACGGCAACAGCAAGACGAGAUCCAAGGAGCCAGUCCACUUCGUCCUGACAGACCUGCACCCGCACAUCGCCAACUGGACCGAGGCGGCCUCGCGCUCGCCAAACAUGCACUUCUCGCCCGAGUCCAUCGACGCGUCCGACGCCCCGCCGGACCUGCUGACCAGCCACCUCGACAGGGCCCUCCCGGACUCGGUCGUCGGCCAGGGCAAGAAGCACUUCCGGCUCUUCAACCUGGCCUUCCACCACUUCGACGACCCGCUGGCGCGGCGCAUCCUCGCCAACACGGUGCGGACGUCCGACGGCUUCGCCAUCUUCGAGCUGCAGGACCGCUCCGUGCGCGCCUUCCUGGCCUGCUGCCUGCUCGGCGUCGGCGUGCUGCUGUCGGCGCCGCUGUACGCGUGGCGCUGGCGCAGCCCGGCCACGCUGUUCUGGUGCUGGGCCGUGCCCGUGCUGCCCUUCGUGCUGGUCUUUGACGGCUGGGUCUCGGCGCUGCGCACCCGCACCCCGGACGAGGUCGAGGCGCUGCUGCGCACGUGUGGUGUCGAUGAGAAGGAGCUGGGCCGGUGGGAGGUGCGCAGCGGGAGGGAGUGCCAUUUGCCGCCUGUGGCUGACUUGAACUGGAUAAUUUGUACCAAGACCCGGGGUUGA